AUGGAAGUGCCAGAAAAGAAGAUCAAGGUGGACUUUUUCAAGGAAUUGACAUCGUUGCAAGGAUUCGAAUUCAGAGAAGUUUUAGGAUCGCUUACUAAUUCAAAGGUACGUUUUUUAAGUUUAAAUUAAUACAAAAAGUUUUUCUCAGAGUUAUGUGUUCCAUAAUGUCUUUUACCGUCUAUAUAUCGGACUAUGUAGAUCUAUAUAAUGAUUUCAGUCUAUUUUCCUUCUUUGCCACAAUGUAGAAGAAGAUAAACCUGGGGUGUUGUUGUUGAACAAGUUGGCUUUCACUGAAGACGGAGAACAACUGAACGAGUUGAUCAAGAACGCGAAAGUCAAUCGGUUGAGUGAUAAUGACAUAUACGGCAACUUCGAGGUUACCCCGUCAGAUAAAUUUAACGGUAAUUCAUAGUUUAUUACUCGUUUGGUUUAUUGUUAAUAUGUGAUUUGUAUUGAAGUUUAUUUGUUUUAAUAUUCAUAUUUUUAACCAUUUUUAAGUGCUCAAGUCUACUUUGAUCUACCCGGCGACAGAUAGACACAUCGACAAGUAUCGCCUUCGAACUGUUUGUUACAUUACUGAGUCAGCUGAUGAUUACAAGGAGAUUACACUCAAGUUUAUCAAGGAAAAGGCGUUUGGAUGUGACGUGAGUACUUUAAUGUAUUUAUAUUUUUGAUAACACAAGAUAGAAUUGGUUACUAUAAUGUAUACUUUAUAUUAUUUUAGUGGGUGUACAACAUUUUGGAUGGAAAGAAAGAGCAGGAUCAAGUAUUGUACAAAGACAUGAAUCCGGAUACCGGCUUUAUUUUGUUAAAGGAUCUCAAAUGGGAUGGUAAGACCGUUGAGGAGAUGUACUACCAAGCUAUCGUGAUAAGACGUGAUCUCAAGUCUGUCAGGUAAGUGUUCUCCCUAAUUAAAAAAGGUUGUCUCAGAAUUUGGUUACUUAAUAUCGUUAUUGUAUGUAAAUUAUGUUGUUGUAGAGACCUUACUGACAAAGAACUUCCUCUUUUGACAAAUAUACUUGAGAGUGCAUCAAAAGCUAUUCAAGAGCAACAUGGUGUGACUCAAGAGAAGUUGUUUGCCUACUUCCAUUACCAGCCUAGCUACUACCAUCUACAUGUUCAUUUCCGGUCUACCAGAUCUGACACUAACCUCACUAACAUUCCCUUGGCGGAAGUUAUUAACAACAUAAAAAUCUGGCCAGACUUUUACCAAAAAGCUUCAUUGGGAUUCAAUAUUAAGGAAGGAGAACCCUUGCACCAAAUGUAUCUCGAAGCAGGACGUCUGUAA